AUGAAAUUGUUCGUCAUUUUAGCUUCAGUGGCUCUGGCUCAGGCUGCCAAAUUGGUCAGGUCCUACCUCACUCCCAACGCACGAGCUGCCGCUGGAUCUGACUUCCUCGGCACUCCUCGAGAGUCCACCAGAUUCCUAGACGAAAGUGGUGCUUUAUCCAAUGUUUUUGCCGAAACCGAUGUUUACGCCCAAACUGAUGCUUUCUCAAGCUUGGAAAGUCGUCCUGACCGCGGUCAGGCUGCCUUCGAGAGGAACGCUGCUAUCCUCAAUCAGGAGAUCCAAAAUGCUGAAGAGACUUACGCGUACGCUUAUGAAACUGAGAACGGCAUCUCCGCCGAGGAGAACGGAGUGGCGACCAAUGGAGUCCAGGCUCAGGGCAGUUACUCUUACGUUGGUGUCGACGGCCAGAUCUACUCUGUGAGGUACACAGCUGACGAGAACGGCUUCCAGCCCAAGGGUGACCACCUCCCCACUCCCCCUCCCAUCCCUGAAGAGAUCCUGAAGGCUCUGGAACAGAACGCUCGCGAUGAGGCCGCCGGUAUCUACGAUGAUGGUUCUUACAGAGAAGGCAAAUACGCCAAUGAAUACCAACAACAGUACUACAAUGCUGAUGCCAUCGUCACCAACAAUGCUCUCCUCGUGCAGAAAGCGUACCUUCCUCCCUUCGCUCAGCACAACCACCAGAGGAGCGGAGCGAGGCAAUUCUCCUUCAACAACGCUGUUCCCCGCUAUGAAGCUUCCGAUAGUGCUAGCUCCAUUUAUGGAGUCCAGAAGGCGUAUCUUCCACCUGUAGCUCGAAGACAUUCUUUCAUUGCGAGAGACGGCUAGUGUUAUUGAGAC